AUGGCCAGGUUCCAAGCGCUUCCGGACAGCGAAAGCGAAACGGAUGGGGAUACGCUGUCAUCAAGUAUGGGUUCUUUCCACUCUUUCAAGUCGGCUCGUUCUGGGCUUCCGUCACCUCCAUACUCUGAACCCCCGUCGCCUCUCGACUCUCGUCCUCUUGACAAUGUAGAGCAGCUACAGAUCCCUCCCAAACCGAUCCAUACCCGUGAACUUUCCGAGGCUACCGUUGUGGCCGAACCCGUUGGGCUAGAGGAGGCUGUCGCAUCUUGGAAAGAGAAUAGAUCCUUAGAGACAGACCGCGUAUCAAGUCCACCGGGUCACAUGAAUGGAAUAACCACAUCUACGCUUACCACAAGUCCCGGCACAGCCAUACGCCAACGCUGUCUUCAAGGGCCAAACAGGCACGAGCUUCCUCCAACGCAGUCCUCAACGAGUUGGAGCCCUGAAGGUGGAUCACCAGUCAACAAGAUGACCGCAUCAAUCCUUCGGAAAACCUGCUCCCUCAUCGUAGCUCGUCUCGCCCAUGGAGGCGAAUCUCGUGCCACCAAUACCGACGAAUCAGACAAUCAUUACGAUGGCUCUGACUCUGACGAUGGCAUUUGGAUAUUUAUUGACUACGCUAUCAUUGAGGAUGGUCUAGAGCAGUCCUCUUCUCGUCUUUGUGUUGAUCUGGCGAACUUGAAUCCCUGCGAAUAUGGAUGGAGGGUUACUAUUUGGCGGACCUGCACGGCUCCACUACAUUUUACAACGCUCAUUUCCGUUGUCCUUGUCUCCUAUCCUCUAUCCUCUAUGGUUUUAUUUGGUAUCACUGGCGCUAUUAUCGGCGAUCUGUCGGCUAUUUGCUUAGCGUUUGUCUGCAAUAUCCUCCAAUUUCACACCAUUUAA